AUGGCACCUGAAGUCGCAUUUUCGAAUAUAACUGACAAAAAUGAAUUCACGAAAUUCACAAAGUUUUUAGCGUACAAAGGAGUACAAGUUAUAGUUGAGUCUAGAAAAGGAGUUAAAAUAGAACCUAACAGUAAACCAAAGACGUCAGACACUGAUUGGUUUAAUUUACAGAUACCAGAUUCCUCUGAAGUAAAUCAGGCAACUAAGAAUGCUUUACCUUCGGAUCGUGUACUGGAGACGAUAAAAUCACAAUUACAUGUAGAAAUAUCUGUUCAAACAGAAGAUGGAGAUGAAAUGGUACUAGAACUCUGGACUCUUCAGCUAGACGAAACCCAAUUCGAUACAUCAUUGAAGGCAAUGAACACAGUGUAUUUUAGAAUGGGCAUAUUGUUAAAAUCUCUUAUAACUAUAACAAGGAUCACACCGGCAUAUCAUUUGUCAAGGAAACAGAGACUGGAAUCAUUCACUAUAUUCUACAGAGUUUACAGUGGCGAGGCAAAAUUGAAAGCUCUUGGUGAUUCAGUGAAAACUAUUCAAGCCGGCCUCUUAAAAACACCAUUAGGUGCUUUAGUCUUCUCGGUAACGUACCGUACAAAUUUUUCAAUAACUCCUAACCGUUCAGACAAUAACAAAGCAUUGUUAUUAAAGAGUGAUCACUUUGAAUUGAGUCCGAAACAUGUCAUAUUUGAAUCAAAAAAGAAGAAAGAAGAAAAAAGAGAGUCGAAACCUUCAGGACCCAUCGAUUUGGACAAGCCCUUACGCUUAGCUGCUUUUGUAGAUGAAACCUUAGUUAAGAGGACAUUUGAAGAAUUCUACACGAAAAUUCCUAUUCCUGAUCACUACAGACCUGAAAAAUUGCCUGUAUCUCCUGUUAAAGAAAAGGAAAUCAUGUCUAAGAGCACACAAGAAUUAGAUGACAGUGCAGCAUCAAAGAGUCCGAAUUCUUUAGAGAUGCCACCAAAGAAAUUCUCUGGAUUCCGUCACGAAAACGAACCACCAAUAAAACUGUUAUUGUUCCCUUUUGCUGACACACAUCCUAUACGAGAACUAGCCGAGUUUUACAAAGAUUUCUUUAAUGCGCCACACUUGAAGUUGACAGAUGAGCUAACACAAUCGAACAAAAGCUUAGAGCCUGUUUUAGAAGACGUAGAACUAACCAACGAAGAUUUGUCUAAAGAUUUGGAGCUGUAUGAGAAUUCAGUUGUUGAGUUUGAUGAAUUGUUGGCCGACAUGUGUAGAUCGGCUGAGUGGAGUGGGAAUUAAAUAUAGGUUAUGGGUCUUAAAUAUAAAUUAAGACAUUUCAUGUCCCAGGAUGCUAAAUUAAAAAAAAAAACCUUAAAUUGCAGAUUGAUUUGAGUGGGAGCGUUUAAUCUGUAACUCUUAAUUACCAAAAUAGUACAGUGUGAUUAUAAAAAUUGGCGUGAUUCGUACUACGCUAACAAGAAACUCGCCAUUGCUGACGGUCUUAAUGUUAUCUUUUCAUUCUACUGGGAAUUGAGGAUUUCUUUAUGUUAUUGAUAUACAGAUCAAUCUUAUUCAAAAGCAACAUGGCUAUAGUUGAUGUACCAUGGUAUAAGAAAGCUUGGUAUUUAGCAAGUAAAUAGCAUUAGAUUUGCCAAAUUUGAUAUAUGUUUAUGAGGGUCUACAAUGACUAAUGAUGUGGUGUUUAUAUCAUCAUCCAAGUACUUAGUCAAAACCAUAUCCAAAGGUCUUUUCAAACAAAGGUCUAUAUACAAAGAAUAUUGUGCAAUAUGUCAAUGGAUAGAACACAAAACGUAUACAAAUAAAAAUAGGAUUAUACGUCAAAUAUUUACUUUAAUUACUCCAGCAUUAUUUUUAAUUAUUAAGAAACGAAUUUUAUUUGUAAAAGAGAUAAACUUACAAAUAAAAUUCUCAAUUAUGUAAAUUCUCAAUUUGGUAUUUUUUUUUUAAAUGGCAAUUCUUCUUGGACGUGAAAAUGUGAAAAUGGAAAGGCGAUGGGAUUUAGAUGUUUUGGGCAAAGACUGAUGAGAUGUAAAUGAAUGAUAUAAACAAUAUUCCUAUGAUUAUUAGAAUAGAAACAAAAUGGAUUUGUAUGUUAAAAUGUUAGUUCUUAAUAAACUACCUAUUUAAAGAAAA